UGAAAAGUUCUCAGAUCAAGUUCUGGUGUGGUUCCCCUUGUAGGGCAUACCCAUAGGGACUCUCACGCCAAAUUUCAGCUUAUUUGGUUGAAAACUGGCUUGUCUCAAGCGAGUUCAAGUUUACAUGGGAUUUACUAUGGGAAAUUUUGAAUUUUCGUUCAUUCGCUCCUACAAGUCUGGGGAAAACAUGUAGAAACUUCUAGGAUGGCCAGAAAUGAGCGGAAACGUCUGGAGAACAACUUUCCCUAAGAGACCAGGUCGAUUCGUUCAACCCCCAUCGAGCUCAACGGCAUUACAUUCGGGAACCCCGGAAUACUUGAAAAUUUACGCCGGGAUUGCUUCUUCUUGGCAGCGCAUGCUACGUAACUAUGAAUGGAUGACUUUUUUUUUGAAUGAUCAACACGACGCCAAACGUCAACGCGCUAAGAUGGAAGAAGGAAGCAAAGUUUCUCGGUCUUCCAACCAAACGUUUUUGGUGGGUUUUUUAGUUGAAACCCUAAAAUUGCACCGUAUGCCUUCCAACAGGGAGCUGCUGAGUGCGUUUUUUACAGAAAUCGCUUUGGAAAGAAGCCAAUUAAGGUUGCCGCUAAGGACAUUUCUCAGGAGGUUGCGUGUUCGCUGAAAGUACCUGAUUGGAAGAUUAAGAAUCAUUUAAUGGGCUUGUACAACGUUUGGAGAGGUAUUUUUUUAUUAUUUUCUUUUUGUAAAAUAAUUGAAAAUCAACCAAUUAUAGCACUUUUCAAGAAUAUGUCUAGAACUACAGCUAAAGCUCAGAAAGAUCGACAAGAGUUCGAAGCAAAAUUGCGAUUAUCGUGUGACUCUUCGUGGAGUGUAUGGAUUUUGUUUUACUCGAAUAAUACAUAAAUUUACAUUGUGCUAUAUGAAUUUUCUAGUCAAUUCGAGGACAAGAUGCACGCAGCGAUUUCGAUAGCCGAACAAGCUCAACAGACGGUUUGAUUGAAGCUAACUCCAAGCACGUCGAUCUCGGCCAGGAACAUGCUGUAGAUGAUGACGAUGCCGAUGACGUUGGCGAUGACGAUGACGAUGACGAUGACGAUGACGAUGACGAUGACGAUGACGAUGACGAUGGAGAUGGCGAUAAGAACAAGCUAUUUUUAGUGGGCAAAUUGGAUAAAAAUCUAAAUUUAGUCCAAAUGCCCUCCAACAGGGAAUUACUGAGUGCUUUGAUUUAUCGAAACCGCAUUGGAAAGAAACGUAUUGAAGAUGCCACCAAGGAUAUUUCCAAGAUGGUUGCGGGUUCCCUGCAUGUACAUUAUUGGAAGAUCAAAUCGCAUAUAAUUGGCUUGUACAACGCAUGGAGAGGUAUAUAUUUUUAACAUCUUAUUGUCAAAUAAUUGAAAAUCAAUCAAUUUUAGCACUCUACAAGAACAAGUCAAGAACUACAACUAAAGCACUUAUCGAUCGUAAAAAAUACAAGGCUAUGCUGCGAAUGUCGUGUGACUCCGCGUGGAAUGUACGUAUUUUGUUAAACUCGAAUAUUAUAUUCACAUUACAUUAUGCAAAUUUUCAGCCACUUGUCGUUCGGGAUUCAAACGAACCUACAGGCCGCGAUUUGGAAAGCCAAGCAAGCUCAAAAGAAGGUUCGAUUGGAGCGAACUCCAAGCACGACGAUCAGGGUCACGAACUUGCUGUAGUUGAGAACGAUGACGUUGAUGGUGACGAUGAGGAUGACGAUAACGAUGGCAAUGACGAUGACGAUUACGAUGACGAUGACGAUGACGAUGACGAUUACGAUGACGAUUACGCUGGGGCUCCUGUUCCGAGCACAAGGAAAAUGCAUUUUACCACCCCAAAAGUGGUCGAAGUACUUGAGCGAACUGGUAUAUCUAACCGAACGGCUGCGAUGCUUUUCCGAGCAUUAAUUCUGGACCAACAUACGAAGAGCAGUGAAGAAAAGGACUAUGUGUUGGACCACAACGCGAUCAGGAAAGCGAGGAUUAGAUACAGACGAGAAUGUGCUGCACAGAUCAAAAAGGACUUCAAACCGGAUGUGCCAUUAACCGUUCACUGGGAUGGUAAAAUAAUUCCUAACAACGUAACUGGGAAGAAAGAGGAACGGUUGCCCAUUUUGGUUACUGGCGAAGGCACGUCGAAGCUGCUCACAGUCGCAACCUUGCCGAAUGGAAAAGCGGAAGUGGGGACUGAAGCUAUCGCAGCGGCAGUCGAGGAUUGGGAUCUGACGGAUAAUUUGGUGGCCAUGAGUUUUGACACCACCAACGCAAAUUCUGGGAGUAAGGGUGGUAUCAUAACUCUUUUGCCUAAACUGCUCAAGAAGCCCCUGCUCGCGUUGGCGUGUCGGCAUCAUGUAACUGAGCUCGUUUUGAAGCAUUGCUACGAGCUGGAGGGCGAUGUGUCGCAGUCAGACAAGCUGGACAACUUCAAGAAAUUUCAAGAUCAGUUCAAUUCCAGGCUGGAGUCGUGCGAGGAGAUCAGUUACCGGAGUGUCCUGCAUGUUGCAAAAUUGGACCAGCUGACAAAGCCUUGGCGCCAGAACAUCCUGGACUUCUGUUUGGCCAGCAUGAAAGUCAAACAACCACGAGGUGACUACCUUGAACUUCUGGAGCUGGUUGUGUUAUUUCUUGGAGGAGAUACACAGGACGGAAUUAAAUUUCGACGGGCUGGAAGUGUAAGCAGGGCUCGCUGGAUGGCAAGAGCGAUCUACAUUUUAAAAAUCUGGAUGGUAAAUCUUAACGUGGACAACAUUGAUCUGAACCUCAUGAACCACUUUGAGAAGUUGGCGUUGUUCAUUUCAAAGUGCUACGUGAAAUAUUGGUUCAGCUUGGAUAAUGCGGUAAGAUAGUAUUUUUGAGAUAUUACUAAUAUACUAACCGUUCAAACAAAUAUUUACAGAUCACGGCGCCUCGAAUUGACAUGGAAUUUUGGAGAUCAAUUUCGUGUUUCGAUUACCCAGAUUAUGCCAGAGCAGCAGCCCGUUCUUUUGAGAAGCACUUAUGGUAUCUCUCACCGCGCCUAAUCGCUUUGGCCUUUU